AUGGAGAGGAGCCACCGACCUCGCCCUGGCUGGGGAAGGCAGUGCCUGGCCUUACUGAUCGUUGUGAUCAUCACUGCGCAUGCAGCUCACAAGUCCGAUGUGGGCAGUGAUGUCUCCACCACCCUCCUCAAUCACUCCUCCAUGCUCAUCCAACGACUGCAAGAACUGCUGCAUUUUGGAAACUCCACUGACACCACCCUCCGCAUCCGCACCACCAGCUCUGACGAGGUGAAAGUCAUCCAAGCCCACCAGCUGCUCCUCACCCUGCAGAGUGACAUCUUUGAGGGACUCUUAGCCAACCAGAGCGUGGUGACCCUGCAGGAGCCUCCUGACUGCGCCAUACUGUUCGAGAAAUUUAUAAGGUAUUUUUACUGCGGGGAAAUCUCAAUCCAGUUAAGCCAAGCCAUCUCGUUGCAUCGGCUGGCCAGCAAGUACCAUGUUCCUGCUCUUCAGAGAGGUGUCACAGAGUAUAUGAAGAACCACCUAGCUAGCGAGUCAUCCCAGGGCCACGUAGUGAGUUGGUACCAUUAUGCAGUGACCAUGAGCGAUGAAAUACUUCAGGAGAGCUGUCUGAAGUUUCUGGCCUGGAACCUUUCCACUGUGAUGAGCAGCAGCGAGUGGGCAACGGUGAGUGACGACCUCAUGGUGUCCCUUGUGCAGCGCUCCGAUCUUGUUCUGCAGAGUGAGCUAGAACUCUUUAGUGCUGUGGAAGAGUGGAUCAUGAAGAACAGCCCAAAUGUUUCCAUUAUUGAGAGGGUUCUGAGAUCUAUGAGAUACCCAAUGAUCCCACCACACCAACUCUUCCAGAUCCAGAAACAGUCAACCCUACUGGCCACCUACCAUAGCUUUAUCCAGGAUCUUCUGUUUCAAGCUUUUCAGUUCCAUUCAUCUUCUCCGCUACAUUUCGCAAAGUACUUUGAUGUAAACUGCAGCAUGUUUAUUCCUCGGAAUUAUUUGUCUUCAUCUUGGGGUUCCCAAUGGAUCAUCAACAAUCCAGCCAGGGAUGACCGAAGCCUCAGCUUUCAGACACAACUAGGCCCAAGCAACCAUGACUCCAGCAAGAAAAUUACUUGGAAUGCGCUUUUUUUCCCCACGCUGGCUUCCCGUUAGCCUUCGACCGGUCUACUCAGAGUCCGUGUCCAGUGCUUCCCAAUCCAACCGCCUUGAAGAAGGAAAACCGCGGCUGGUAGUGAAUUCAGCCAUGAGCGGUCUAGAUUUUGCUGGCGUUACGUUCCAGAAAACCGUGCUUGUUGGAGUGAAGAGACAGCAUGGCAAAGUGUUCGUGAAGCACGUGUACAGUGUCCACCAGAGCACCGAAGAAGUGUCCGACUUCCUGGCCCACGCCGACCUGCAGAAACGCACCUCGGAAUACCUGAUCGACAACUCUCUGCAUCUCCACGUGAUCAUCAAGCCCAUCUACCAUUCCCUCAUCAAGGCCAAGUGA